AUAUUUGUAUUUUAUUUAAGGCUGUCUUGCCCCCCUCCCCCCCCAGCCUCUCUGCUCGCCAAUAAACCUGGCGCAGGGACACCUGCCUGCGACCAUAGAGACGUGGUCCUCCCGGCCUGCUAGAGCGGCCCCCCGCGGUCCUCCAGCAUCCCAGCGUCCUUUGCGCACUCCCGCCCGGCCUCAGCGGCUUCCGGUGGCGGCAGAGCAGGGGCGACGGGAGCAGCGAGGGGGCGGCAGCCAUGGCGUACCGCGGGCAGGGCCAGAAGGUGCAGAAGGUGAUGGUGCAGCCCAUCAACCUCAUCUUCCGCUACCUGCAGAAGAGGUCGAGGAUCCAGGUGUGGCUUUACAAGCAAGUAAACAUGCGGAUAGAAGGCUGCAUCAUUGGCUUUGACGAGUACAUGAAUUUGGUGUUGGAUGACGCAGAGGAGAUUCACUCCAAGACAAAAUCAAGGAAACAGCUGGGUGUGUCGUGUGUCUGUGCAACCCGAGUGAUGCGCGGUCUGAAACCUGCCCGGGUGAGCCUUCUAGAUAGCAGCACUGAGAGGUACCAAACGUGAUGGGCAAAACCCUGCUCAACCACACGAAAUACUUUCUGAAAACACGAGAUUAUUCUCAGGUUCUGGGCUCUCUCUAAUCCCCUCUUUCCCUUCUCUGUGCUGCAGGCCGGAUCACGUUAAAAGGGGACAACAUCACUCUUCUACAGAGCGUUUCUAACUAGAAUCUGCCAUCCUUAGAACAAAGGUGGCUGCCGUGCUGCGGAGUGACUGAGUGCCAGGGGAACGUGGCCCGCUGGUAGAUAGGAAGUUAUUUGUAACUGGGGUUGCAUGCUGAGGUCAAAAGUCCUUCCUUUGUGGGAGCGAGUUUUUUGUAGCUUGAAACAAUACGUGAUGUAUUUCACAAAUAAACAUUUUUCACAUUAACUGUAAA